AUGUUGUCAGCUCCCGUUAAGUCGGCGAAGCGCAUCUCGUCUCUUUUCUCGCUGGGUAGCAGUCACAAGGAUCAAAAUGCGACCGCUGCAUCACCGGGCAGUUCACCUGGCUUCAAGCCUUCCGACUCAAAAUCUCGCCAAAGAAGCAGCUCCCGACCAACUCGUCAUGUCUCGACACCAAAUGCCGUCUUCUCCUCCACAGAGCCCCGAACCGUCCCCAAUUCGGCGCCUUUGGACUUCGACCUGGAGAGCUUGCAACCCCCACCAUCCUUGCUCGCGGUAAACACCGACUUGGCCAAUAGUGCCCCGAGCUCCCCAACAACCGGCCGACCUCAGAGCAGGGGUCGCGACAUGAGCAGACCUUCCAGUAUGGCAGGGUUGGCCAUCCCGGGUUCUACACCAGAUUCCCGUCCCAGCACGCCAUCGAAGCGUAGAAGUUGGAUGCCGGGUAUGGGUGCUCGGUCGCGCGCCAGUUCCGUGGAUAAGCGGCCCCCUGCGGCCACCGCCCCGAGUGCUUGGAUUGCUGGGUUGGACCAGAAAGUCCUCUACGAUCUAGGACCCUUGCUACGAGGAGAACAGGUACGUCGGGAUUAUUUGAUUUUUAUCUACUUUUUGACCUGCUGGGAAUCAAACCCCCAAAAUGUGUAUCUUACUAACAAGUUUCUUCCGAACCAGAUCCCCGAGCUAUGGAAUGAACAAGGUGAUACUUAUGUCUACUUGUUCCCUCAAACCACCGGCCGUUCGGCAUCCUUCAAGGUCGACUCUACCAUCUUCGCCGAAUCUCCCUCCCUUACCUACCUUGCCCGUGGCACCGACGCCAAAGCCACCGGUCUGGAGCAGCCCGCCCGCACCCUCUCCCUCGUCUCGCCUCCUUUGACCCCGCUGGACCGGUCUGCAGACAAUGACAACGAUAGCCAAGGCAGCCAACGCAUGGCCUUUGAUGAUGGAAUCGAUGAAGCUCCGGAACUGCAUCUAUACCUGCCAAUUCCUCUCAACAGUGACGUUUCGAACCCGCAAUGUCGCCUGACACAAGAGGAUGCCGACAAUCUGCUCCUAUUCCGCAACCUUUUCGCUUUCCUUCUGGGCCAAUCGCUUAUCUCUAGCCCCAAGUCUUCAUCCCUGUUCAGUAUCUUCAUGGAUGUCGCGGUUCUGUUGGCCCGAUUUGAAUUCACCAACUUGGACGGCUCUAACUUUGGUGAAACAGCCACCUCCAGCUUCAGCAAUUACUGCGAUGAACUACGCUUGGCUGAUGUGCGUAAGAGUCGGGAAAAGACUAUCGAGGCCAUUGUCCUUGGUGAACGCCUGCGGUACUUCCCUCUCUACUUGGAAGGAUUCGUGCACGGUGUCGGAAAGCUUGAUGAAAUCAAGCAACUCCGAAGCCCAAAGUAUACCUUCAUUCAUCCCAUCACCCAGAAGCGCCUCGAGCGUGGAUUCAUUGACCUUGACACUCGUCUGCGUGGUCUUUACUCCAAAUUGGAGGAUUUCGACUUCCCAUCCGUUUUCUCUGGUAGCGCGAACUCGGCCACCUCGAUGGAAAGCAAAAUCCUCCGCUUCAAGAACUGGAAGGCUGGAUUCUUUGAAUUCCGCCGCUUUACCAUGCAGUUUUACCGACAGAAGUAUGGCAGCUGGCCGCCCAAGGCCCGAUCAAAGAAGAACGAGUUCGAGGAGAGUGGAUUGAAUCGUCAGCUCCUCUUGGACUUGUACCACGAUUUCACCGACCUCUACGAUCUGUUGGUUGAUCGUACUUCCCUCACCACCCGCACCAUUGAUGCCUCUGGCUCUGGUGGUGACAACUCUUCUACUGAUCUGAAGGAUGUCACCCUCCGUGCUCUUCGCCACAUUCUUAGCGAAUAUGAUCGCAGUACUCCUCCUGUUCUUCCUCCCAUUCCGUUCGACGUUCCUCAGAUCCCAUCGUUGCAAGUACUGCAUCGCAAGCCUCUGGAACCGAAGAAGGCCACCAAGUUGCGAAGCAAGAAGCUCAAGAACUCCGACAUCAAUGCUGUGUUGAUGGACUCUUACACUCGGGAGAGCAUGCGGCCCACUACCUUUAUCGAAAGCUUCAUGCAAUUUGAGCGACGCUCUGCUGCUGGCAAGACCCUCGAGGAUAUCACCGAUCUCCGCUGUGGUCAAUGGAUUUUCCUCUACGCCGUCAUUCAGUCCCUUCCCAUGUUGGUUGUGGACGUUCCCGAGGUCCGAUUCACCGAGGGUGUUGAGUACUUCCUCUCCAUUGCCCCUCGCGGUGGAGCCCCUUGGAUCCAAAACGAUACAAAGACUGCUCGCAGUUGGUUUGGUGUUGCUGGUGGUGCAGGUGUUGUUAGUUUACCUUCUGAUGUGGUCAUCAAUGGUGUCGAAGGUGUCUACCGUCGGAGUCAUUGUUGGCAGCUUGCUGAACAAUGGGCCGAGGCUGGUCAAUUGAUUGAGCCUCCGUCCAAUGAGGAUUGGGAAGAGGAUGAAUCUUCAAUCUCCUCACCCUACCCAGCUCAGCAGUCAUCGGCCGGCUCUUCUUCCGAACAACAACCGCAUCACAUGUUGAACAUGCCUCACGGUGGCCUGACACCACCUCCGCCUGCUAUUCCUCGUCAACGCUCUCCCGCGGCUGCAGCACGGUCUGAGCAGCACCGUCACUCAAUUUAUCCUGGAUUGGAGGCUUUGCCAUUGCCCGCUGGCAUUGCCCCACUUGAACCUCCUGCCCGUCCCAUCAGUCGGUUCAAUCCCAACAUGAGUUUCGAUGACAUCUUAAAGGAGGUUCCUAAGAAGGGCAAGAAGCAUUAA